AGCCGCUAGCCGCCAGGCCAAGUGUGGCUGAGACGCAUCGAUGAUGACGCAGCUUCCUCGGCGCCAAUGGUCUUCUAUCAGCAACCAGAAACCCGCGCCUCUCAUCGCAACACAUCUCAGACGACUCUUCUUCCUUCCAGACAAACUUCGCAACACUAUAAAACCUAAAUACCACGCGGUAUCGCAUCCACGAGCAUUACACACGAACAGCACACCACGAUCGAACGCGUAGUAUCCGUACCACUUGUCGCACGCGCAUCGUUCCACUCGCCCAAUCGCGACGAGAUACCCGCCCCCGAAUAGGGAAAUUCAAGUAUCACAACAAGUACUGCGCUAUACGCGCAUAUAACCCGCGAUCAUGUUCUUCUUCUUUACUUGCGGAACACACACAUUCACAUCCCCCCUCAAAGGCGCCGAGCACCUGACCCUGCGCUGCCAGAACUGCGGCAAUCCCACGGGCAAAGUGAUGAAGCGCUGGGAGUGGUUUACCUUCUGCUUCAUCCCCGUUAUCCCAUUCAGCCUCAAGCCGUAUAAGGAAGUCGGGUGCCACAUCUGCCAUUUCUUCCAGGACAUCAAGCAUCAUCCGGACCCUGAGCUGCAGCAGUUUGGCGGUGGUACAAAGGCGCAGGGCGGUGCUAUGCCGAUGAAUGGUUAUGGUGGGCAGGGACCGCCACAUGGUGGUGCGCCGGGUUAUGGGCCGCCGCCGCAGGGAGUGCCGCAGUAUAAAUAGCUGAGGUGAAUGAGAAGGUGUAUUGGAGUUGAGGGGUGUGUGGUGUGGCGCACUGGGGUGAUACCACUGGGGCAUGGAGAGGAGCGGUUGAUGUCCAGCCCGCCCUGUCUUUGGCGUUGUUUUGUACUUUGAAUUUGGCGUUUGGGGAUCCGCAUGAUACUGAUACCACCCUAUUCCUUGACAUUGCUAUUAGUCGAAUACGUCACACCUGAUGGACAAAGAAUCAUUUGGUGUCAAUCCAUGU